GGGAGAUUUUGUUUUAGUAGUAGUUGAAACGUAGAUUCGAAAGGACGCGUCCGGGUUUGCACGACGGACAGACGGGUCGCACUGUUGUCGUCGUCGUCGUCGUCGUGGUCGUGGUCGCCGUCGUCUUCGGUGUGCAGAACACCGUUUGCUCUCUUCUUGUGUGUGUGUGUGUGUGUGUGUGUGGUGCACUGGAAAAGACACCAUAUUGUGCAGAUCCAUCCGUUCCGCACCCGGUUAAGGGUAGCAGCGGCAGCAUAUAAGUGGCUCGCCGGGUUGUGGCACGAUUUGCGUUUCCGGCGAACGCGAGCGUUUCAGUAAAACAGGGUGGUUUAGCUAGUUAGCAACGAAUGGUGUGUGUGUGUGUGUGUGUGUGAGUGUUGUGCUAGUGUGGCUGUGUAUAUUUACAUGAAAUUCAUAGAAUUUGUGAAUCCGGUUCGAUACACGAAUACAGUGAGUUGUUUCACUGAGCGGCGCAAUCGGAGCCGUUGAGCGCGCGGAGUGAGUGAGUUGCGCGAGCGGCAAGCGAUGAGCCUUGGAUGCCGGUGAAAAAUCCCUCAAGCCUAGUGAGAUUGUAGUGCAAAGCGUACCAGAAAAGAGCGCCUGAGAUAGUGUGUGCGCGUGUGCGCACUGCAAGAGUGGCUGCCAACGGAUGGCAAGUGUGAUGGUGAUAGUCAUCGCGAAGGCAUCUCUAGCCCCGGCAAGAUGAAGUAUUCGGCCGUGAUCGUUUCGCACAUUCGACCGGUGGCGCCGUAAUGGUCGCUAGUGAAGUGUGAAAUAGUGCUAAAAUUGUGGUGUAUUAGUAAUACGUGGCACCCGUAGCGAUUAGUAGUAGUAGCAGGAGCAGCAGCAACAGCAGUUUUGCACUACCUACCUCUUCCAUUGCCGCGACGUGUUCGCAAACCGAUCCCGUCAGCCGUUGCAUUCCUUCCUCCCAACUUCAACCUCCUCACCUCUCACCUCACACCUCCCCCUCCCCCAUCUCCUUGGUAACAUACAGCCGUGCAUAGGUCAUGGUUAUCCGAUGUGCAUUCAAUUAAAAUUUAAAUGAGCAUUUGGUGAUGUCAUUACGUUCGGAUGAUAAUGAACAGGAUUAUAUUCGGGGUGUUUCUCAUCCUCACGUGCCGGCCCCCGUCCGCACCAAGGGCCCCGCUAGCGGACCACCACCAGCAGCAGCAGCAGCAGCAGCAGCGGCCAGCGUCCGGCUACGGCACAGCAGCACCGGGAGGAGCGGGUGGCGGCAUCGUCGCCGUCCAGGCGACUCCACUUGCACAAGUACCAACCUUGGCAUCUGGAGGAGCCGAUUCGACGAUCAACCCGUUCAUUCGGUACUGGGAACCAGCCCGUUUCGACCGCGGUCUGCUAGAUGUGGCCCACCAGCACCACGAGCAGCACCGAAGGCGCCGCCGGAGCAUCAACUACGAGCAUGGUUCCGCCGCGUACGGUCCAGCCAAUGUGGUGCGGUUAAACUUUCGGGCUCAUGAUCGCGAGUUCCGGUUGGUGCUGCGGGAGGACCCGCGGUCGGUGUUUUCCCGGGACGUCCAGAUCGAGAACACCGAGGGCCCGCUGGACUACGAUCUGUCGCGGAUCUACACCGGCACGGUGGAAGACGAUGAGCACUCGCACGUCCACGGUGUGCUGACCAGCGACAACCUGUUCGACGGUACGGUUGUCACGAACCUAGAGCAAUACUACAUCGAACCGGCCGCCCGGUACUCGCCGGAGCUCGAGCGGCGGCACGGUGUCCAUACUGUGAUCUACAAACUCAGUGACGUGAAAAUUCACCAGAACCACCACGGUCACCAUCGGCCGGACCGCGGGGCGGAGCGGGCGCGCAAUGGCAGCAGUGAUUCCGGUGAACGUGUGUUAAAUUUAGCAACCAUCCAGUCUAGCCCUAGUACUCAAUUCAAGCACGUGCGUGAAGCUGACGGACAAGGCGAACAACGGGCGGCGGAAGUGGACAGCGGAAGGCCCGAAACAACGAAGCAACGUCGCACCGGAAGCGCUGCGCUGCGGAAGAUGCGCCGAAAGCGGCGCUGGCUGGAGGAGGAAGAAGUGAUACAGGAGAGCAGAAACCCAUCGCUGCCACUAGAUCUAGAGGUGCCGUACAACAAUGACUACACGGUAGUGCGCAGCCACGGCAAGACAGCGAACGGUGGGGGCAGCGGAAGCACGAUGGAUGCCGGCGGUUCGGCCGUAUCUGGAGCGUCCGGGUCCGCUCCUUCUCCAACCCGUCCCACCAUCAACCGGACGGUCAAUCGGGGCAUUAUCGGUGGAACGGGCGUCGGCAGUGGGGCACCGACCGCCCGAACGCCCACAACCGUGGUGAACAAUCGGAAGAAUCACUUCCUGUACAACAUUUAUAAUCCGCACGGCAGCGGCAGCACGAUCAUUACUGGCGGUGGCAUCGUCGGAGCCGGUGCGGAACAGUUCCCGUGGACGCGCACGAUCAACGCGACCGGUACGAACCACAACAAGGAUCACUACGUGGAAAUCAUUACCAAGAAUGGGUCGACGCGCAAGAACGUGCCGGUCGCGGAUCAUCCCGAUGUGAUGGUGAACGGCAACAUUAACCUGAACGUGCGGAACGAUCUGCACGACCACCAUCACCAUCAUCAGCAGCAGUUGCUACAGCAGCAGCAGCAACAGCAGAAGGAGCAAAAAUCGUUUGCCAACUCGCUGUACGAUCGGAAGAGCACGUGUAUGUUGUAUCUGCAGGCGGACCAUACCUUCUUCCAGAAGAUGGGCUCGGACGAGGCGAGCAUCGAGGCGAUCACGCGGCACGUGCAGCGGGCGAAUCUCAUCUACAGAAAAACAGAUUUCAACGGCGAUGGAAAGCCGGAUAACAUCACCUUCAUGAUCAAGCGCAUCAAGGUGCACAACCAAAAUGCGCUGAAGGAUCCAUCGUACCGGUUUCCCGGAAACUAUGGUGUGGAAAAGUUCCUAGAGCUGUUUUCGGAGGAGGACUACGACGCGUUCUGCUUGGCGUACAUGUUCACGUACCGCGACUUCGAGAUGGGCACGCUCGGGCUGGCCUGGACCGGUGACCUCAAGAAUGCUGGCGGCGUCUGCGAGAAGAAUGGGCACUAUCGCGGUUCGCUGAAAUCGCUCAACACCGGCAUCGUCACGCUGCUAAACUAUGGCAAACACGUUCCGCCGGCCGUAUCGCACGUAACGCUGGCCCACGAAAUCGGACACAACUUUGGCUCACCGCACGAUCCGGAGCAGUGUACGCCGGGCGGUGAGGACGGCAACUUCAUCAUGUUUGCGCGCGCGACGUCCGGCGACAAGCGCAACAACAAUCGCUUCAGCCCGUGCUCGCUGAAAGCCAUCGAACCGGUGCUGAACGCGAAGGCUCGCAGCGCCAAGGGCUGCUUUACCGAGCCGCAGGAAGCGAUCUGCGGCAACGGGGUGGUGGAACCGGGCGAACAGUGCGACUGCGGCUGGGAGGAGGACUGCAAGGACUCGUGCUGCUACCCGAUGUCGCGCCAUCCGCGCUUCGACCAGAAACCGUGCACGCUGACACCGAAGGCACAAUGCAGCCCAUCCCAAGGCCCGUGCUGUACGCUCGAGUGCACGCUCAAGCUCGGCGACAAGUGCCGGGACGACAACGGGUGCCGCGAUCCGGCCUACUGCGACGGGCAGAUGCCGGUCUGCCCGCCGUCCAUCAACAAGCCGAACAAGACGAUCUGCAACAAGGAGUACGUGUGCUACAUGGGCGAGUGUACCGGCUCGAUCUGUCUGGCGUACGGGCUGGAGAGCUGCCAGUGCGCGGUCGGCCCGGCCGAUCCGGCCAUCAAGGCGUGCGAGCUGUGCUGCAAGCAGCCGGGCGAGGACCGGCCCUGCCUGAGCUCGUUCGACUGGAACGAGCCGCCGUUCGACGUGCCGGACAUGUACGCCAAGCCGGGCACACCGUGCAACGACUACAACGGGUACUGCGACGUCGCGCAGAAGUGCCGCGAGGUGGACCCGUCCGGGCCGCUCGCGACGCUGCGGAAGCUGCUGCUGUCCGAGGAAAGCAUCGCCAGCUUCAAGCGGUGGAUACUGAGCAACUGGUACACGGUGGCGCUGAUCGUGACCGCCGUGCUGGUCCUGCUGGUGCUGAGCGCGAAGCUGCUGGGCAAGCGUACCAAUCUAAAGCUGAAGACGGUCACCAUCAUCCACAGUGCCACGACGGAGACGGUCCGGCUGCCGGAGGACAACAACGGGGUGAUAGUGCACACCGCCGUCCGGACGAAGGUGCCGCUGAAAAAGAAGGUGCGGGGCGAGCGGUCGAAACCGGGCGGCAAGGGCGGCGGCAAGGGCGGCCCCCCGCCGACGAAACCGGCGGCGGCCUCGGUGCCGAAGCAGCUGCUAACGACGCUGACGGGCGGGAACAGCGCCACCACCACCACCACCGCCGUGCUACCGUCCACGUCGAAGGAGCUGCAGCAGCGCCAGCAAGCGUCCGGGACGGGCGGCCCAACCAGUGGCGGCACCAGCCACCACACCGCCCCCACCACCAAUCCAGCCACCAUAGUUAUUAAGCAGGUGAAGCGGCACGUCGGCCGCACCACCACCACCACCACCACCACGAUCGUUGGCGACAGCCCGAAGAAGCUGCUGCGCAAGAAGAAAAAGCGUGGCGGCGGCGGCGGUGGAGGCGCUGCGGCGGGCGCCGGUGCCCCCUCCGACGAGUCGCCGGUAAAGGAAUCGCCCACGGCGGCGGCGACCAAGCAGCCGAAGAAACACAAGAAACCGAAAUCCAAACACAAAGAGGUGAUCGAUUACUCCAGCCGGAACGCGUCCGACGCGCACAGCCACAGCAACACGUUCGGGAAGGUGCACCGCUGGCUGCUGGAGUCGCCGGCGGCAGCCGCUCCCGGUGGCACGUACGAGCAUGCUGCCGCCGCUCCGCCGGCCGUGCCAAACCUGCUCGCCAAAUCGCAGUCGACGCCGGACCAUCUGGCGCAGCAGCAGCAGCAGCAGCAGCCCGUGCCGGCGGUGGCGCCGAAGAAGGUGGCGCGCGUCAAGACGAAAUCGGUGGGCAAUCUGAACGAGAAGGUGCGGCUGCAGGUCGUCUACAAGCCGCCGUUCAAGUUCAGCCUGAAGCUGUCCAAGACGGACCCGGCGGCGGGGUCGGGCGUGAAGACGCACGUCGUCGCCGGACCGGCCGGGCAGCGCAAACCGCGUCCCCUGCCCGACCGGAAGCGCGUUGGACCGGGCGGUGCGGGGGAGGAAGCACAGCAACACGCCGCGGCCCGGAAACGGUCGGCCAUACUUGUGCGGCAGCAGCAGCAGCAGCAGCAGCAGGCGGAGGAAAAGCUCCCCAUCAUCAGCAGUGCGCCGCUGUCCGAGCCGAACUAUGAAACGCUCAAUCCACGGCAUGGGCCACCGGGCGGGGCGCCCGAGGACGGUGACGGGGAGUCGCACACGUACGAGAAUGUAACGUUCGACGGGGACGAAGGCGGGGAUGGGCAGCCGGCAGUGGACGAGCCCGACCCGCCCGCGCCCAAUCCAGUGCCAUCGAUCAACACGGCCACGUUCCGGAUCAGCCGGAGUGCGAGCGGGACGACGCGGCUGCCGAGCUGCCAGCACGCGCUAGCGAAGAGUGCGACCCAGCCGGAUCGGCUGGCCGGUUCGGUGCGGGGCAGCACGUCCAAUCUGGCGGGUGGCGCCCGGGACCGGCAGCGACGGUCGAGCGUGCACAACAGCACCACGGCGUUCCGGGCGUUCGGUGGCGGCGGCGGCGGCGGCGGCACGGACAGCACGGAGUGCUUGAUCCGGUCCAGCACGACCAACCUGGCCAAACCGAACGGCGGGAAGCGUAGCAGCUUCGCCGACCGGAAGCGCUCCAGCACGACCAACCUCAGCCGGCACCAGUCCGGCUCCGCUUCGAAUCUGCACUCGCUCAAGCGGCACGGCUCGUCCAGCCAAGCGCUGCACCAGCAGCAGGAACCGGGCGGCAGCCGGCGGAACAGUAUCACCCAGCCGGCGAAGCUGUCCCGCUCGGCCUCGAACGGUGUGCCGGCGGCGGGAAGGCACGGCAAUGGUGGUGGCACGCUCGGCAGCAACAACUCCGGCUCGAGCAAUGGUAGCAAUGGCCAUCAGCUGCACCACCACCAUCGACGCAGCAGCGUUGGCGGGGCGAAACCUUCGUCGAGCCAUCCGCCAGCGCAUCACCAGCAGCAGCCGCCGGCACUGGCUCCCCUGGCACGGCAAACGUCACUGCACGGGAAAGCGAACGGCCAUCAUCCUCACCACCAUCAGCAUCAGCAUCACCAUCACCACCAGCAGCACAACCAUCAUACGGGUCGCCCACACACCUCGUCCUGUGCGGAUGAUCCGAAUGCUCAGCGACCGUUCGAGUGGCCGAUGGCGGUUGGUGGUAGUGGCGGUGUUGGGCGCCGUCCACCGCACGACGAACCGCUCCCGUCCGAUAUGGAGGUGAUGGUUUCGGACGUGGAGAAUCUGGUCAGCGAUGAUAGAUAGCGACAAACCAGUUUGCCAAGCGAUUAAACGAAGGUUGAAGAGGGAAGCGGGGAGCAAUGAUGGUGACGACAUGUCGAGUACACACACACAAGUGAUAAGUGAGUAACAAUGGAGCGACAGCAGUCUACAGAAAGAGAUGUACAGUGAGUCUAGCAAGCAUGCGCCUAGCUGAAUAAUUUACAGAAAAAGACGAAUCAGGGCCGCAAUACGCAUGGAGCGAUAAAAGUAAUGUUGAGGUUUGAUAAAGGUACACACACAUCAAUACACACACGUUUGGCUAAAAAAAUGCAAUGCAUGACGACUCCGAAUGACUCCGGACGACUCCGGACGAUUCCGAUUCCGACUCCGACUGACUCCGGCUAGCUCCGGAUGACUCCGAUUCCCAACGACUCCGGAACACUCCGGGCGAUUCUGGACAAUUUCGAACGAUUGUGGACCUACUUUUCGGAGUCGGUUCCGAAAUUAUCGGAGUCGGAUCGGAGCCGACUCCGGAUUUUUGCCAACUUUACCCAUCUUUACUGCAUAUUCUCCCACUAAAAUGUCCUUGAAACAUGGGUCACACUUUUUAUAUGUAAUUUCUUAGAACUGGGACUCAAAGUAUUUAAAACAUACAAGAAUAUAUUUCCCAAACACUUUUGUAUUUAAUUUGAAUCAUUUGAAUUUUCUAGCUCACCUUUCCUCACUGAGCCCUAUUAUCCUGGCAACACGGUGCUACCGUAGCACGAGAUUUUGCUGCUGCAUCUUAGUAGACAGUGUUCGCCAUACUAGACGACGGCCGUAUGACCUCGACAUGUCGAAUUUGUUUCAAUCUGUUAUAGAGCCUUAUUUUAAAUGAAUUCCUGAAUUAUUUGAUGCUCCUAAUCCGAUUUGGCCACUUUCGGCGGAUUGCAUUCAAGUGACAUUCAUUCAAGCCAUAACAUACAAUGCCUAAGCUAACGUGGCUCAUCUCUGCUCCUUUUGCACUGAUUCGUGGGUUAUGUUUGAUAUUUUGGGACAUUGAACCGCUCCUUUCGUGAAGAUUAACGGUCAAGGGAUGGCUGCCGAGUUGACAGUUUGACACACAUUUCGUGUCAGAAAAAUGCGCAAACGUAGGAAUUAGAUCUUCCACAUGGCCUACUACCUACUCGCAAGUUGCUGUUGAAACAACAAAAAUUUAUUAAUUUUGAAACGAGCAAGUAGCAGAAUGAUAACAAUACAUUUAAUUCAUGUCGACGUAGUGUUUGGCCAGCAUAGAUGAGCCAAAAGUCAAACGACCUUUAUUUUUAUUUUUUUUUCGUGUUUUCGCACUAUUUAAAUGCAUUUGUUUUCGGCCAAACGUGUGUAUAUUGAUGGUCCCUUUAUCAAACCUCACCAUUACUUUUAUCGACCCAUGCCUAUUGCGGCGAAUAUUUGCCUUUUUGCUGUAAACUAUUCAGCAAAGACGGAUACUUUUCGAGCUCACUGUAUGCAUUGGAGAGAAACAUAGAGAGAAAAGAAAGGAACAAACACAAAAUGGCUCCGAUUUAGAUGAAGAGUGGCAAACGAUAAACGCCAACGUCAAUCAACACCACCAGUGUGCACACUGGAAUGCAGCAGAACAGCGGACAGACACAACACACGUGCCUGCUUGGAUGGCGAAGACGAGAAGAGCGAAGCUGUAGGCGAUGGUAGUAGUGUGUAGUGUGUGCGCAAGAUGGCUCUAUUUUUAAAACGCCUCCCCUCGAAAGCUCUACAGCUCUAGGAAUUUCCCGUGUCCCGUUUGUUUUCCACAUCGCUCUAAGGGUUAGGUUUUAAGCAGAAAGCAAAGGAAGAUAUAUUUAUUAGAAUACGCUCAGAAAGAUACGUUCAUUUCAUCCCGCUCAUCGUUCGAUAUGGCCACGUGGCGUCAUCGUAAUGGAAGCGCCUGGUACUUUGUACGAUUUGAUUACGAUAUUGUGUUUCCAUCAACAGCCAACCGGUUGGUCAGUCAGACGAAGUGAGGUAGGGUUGUGUCUAUGUCUUUCUUUGUUUUCCACAUUCCAUCACAAUGACGAUUGCGCGCGUGUGUGUGUGUGUGUGUGUGUGUGUGUGUGUGUGUGUGUGUUGUUAUUACUAUAAUUUGGUUUAAAGUUUUAUUUUUUGUAAAUGCCGUGCCAAUUAGAAAAUGAAAGUUUCCAUCAUAAAACAAACAAACACACACAGUAGAACAGGCUGCUCGAUACAAUGCUACUGCCAGAUUGCAUGAUUCCUUCCAGCUUUUCCGGGUUAUUGGUGGGGAUGGGGUGGGGGGGGGCAUUCUUCCUUCGGUUUGUGUGCCUCCCCGGGGAAAAAUUAAUAAUUUUAAGGCACGCAAACAACACUAGAGAACACACAACCGCAAGAGAGAAAAACAAACAAGCUUUUUCGUAUUUUUCACAUGCAAACGGAACAGAUGAUCCCAUUUUUCCGGGCUUUUGCCUCUCGCAUUAUUUCUCUUCUUCCCCUCCCCAACUCCCCUCCCUUGACCAAGCUAACUGACCUAUACAAAACACGAAUCAUAUCAUUAGAACAAUUUUUCCAAAUAGUAAUGUUUUGUAACACAGUAAAGGAGUGGAGGGUAAAGCAGGAGAAAGUAAGGACAGAGAGAGAGAGAGAGAGAGAGAGAGAGAGAGAGAGAGAGAGAGAGAGAGAGAGAGCGUGCUGAAUAUUUUUUGGAAAACUAUUUUUAUCAUCGUUCGGUUUUAUCGGCUCACCCGGGUUGCAUUUUGCUGCAGAUGUGAGAGACAACCAGGCGACAGGAAGCAUCACACAUCAAUGCACUGGAAGAAGGUAGAAAUGAGAUUGAGAUAGAAAAUCAAACAAAAUCAAAUCACCCGGUGGUGUAUCAUACAUACGAAACGGUUUAGUUCAGGGCAGCACGACCUCAGUGUCCCCGCAAAGAGGAGCCACUGAUACACUGAUUACCCUGAGUGCGACGCCAUAUUGCAAUUACAGGACUACAGAGGGCGGAUACUAUCACCUCCUCCAAAAUGCUGCCGAUAUUAACUGCUAACACAGGAACAAAACACGGGCGGAGAGAGAGCGCUGAUUUGUAAAUAAAGUAGAAAAAAAGAAAGAAACAAAAAAACGGCAGAAGACGGCUGCCUUCCUCUCCACCUCUCCACCACAGGAGCAGGGUGGGUGGAUGGGUUGAGGGUGGUGUUUGAGAACGGUGUUUAGAUAUGUGUAUAUUUAAGACGAUCGCUUUCUGUGUAAACAAUUAACUGUGCGAACGGAACGAAACAAUGGGGCACGAAGAGGAGGAAGGGGCGGGUGCGGCGUGGAUUUAGCCCACUGUUCCUCCUGUGUCCUGUUUUAGGCUCUUAUCUACAUUACAGACACAUACACACAGCAUAAAUAAGCGGCAAUAAUACACAUUAUUAGCACGAUAAGCGAGAACGAUAAUCGGAUAAAUGGAAGAAGGGACGAGAAGCAGGAGGAUGAAGCAAAGAGGGAUGGAUGAAGAAGCAAAGAGCAAAGUGGACAACUAAUAAGAAACUAAACAUAUAAGAUAAAUGUGAUUCUAAUCUUAUAGAAAAACUCAUAGGCUUAAGGAACAGCAAACAGACAGAGAGGAGAGGAAAGGAGAGGAUAGGAGAGGAAACACUAACACAACCCAUACACACAACACUUGCAGGAUGGAAUGCGAGAGAAUGUAACAGAAGAAAUACAUUGAACAGAGAGAGGAAAAUUAAAAUGAUUAAAAACAAUGAAAACACAAUACACAAAACCAA